AAUACAUUUCGCGAAAGUUUGUGCCUGAUUCCCGAAUGUGUCUCUCGUAUCAUAUGCAUGUACGUUGUUCACAAACCAAGAGGAAAGAGUCCGUAAAACGGGAAAUUAUCGGAAAAAUUUAACGUUGCCAGGAAGAAAAGAAGCGCACUCUCAAGAUAAUAGAAAGAGAGAGAAAAAGUGAAGUGGGAUAUUGACCACGCGAAUGAGAAAAGUGUAAAAGGCCCGGGUGACGCAACGGGAACGGCGCACUAGACGAUUUAGUAGGUUAUGGUUUCCUGUCGCUCCUGUGGACGGAACAUAUCGUCCGGGACGAUUCGUUGUAGCAAGUGCGGAACACCCUUUCACCUGUCGUGCUCGCAUCGUUACAAAAUCUCCGCCGAGGGUGUCUUUAACGUUUGCUGCGGACCAACGGACUCUGUGUUCCCGGGUAGUAGUGCAGGGUACCAGAUGCGAACUCGUCGCAACAACAAGCGCAGGCAGCCUCAGCAGCAGCAACAACAACAACAACCACAACAGAAUAACAAUAAUUCGUUCGGCAACGGUAACAGUAGCUUAGACAAUAGCCAGGCUCUCGGACAGAGCACUGGUGGACCUAUGCGAUUCGCGAAGGUGCAGAAAGUCGACGAAUCCUCCUCGAACAUGGUCGUGUUGGAGAAACCUGUUAUUCUGGACGAGCCCAGUAACUGUCUAGAGAUAAGCAACGAAGAAGAUUUCACAGAAGACAACUUUGAUACCAACGAAGCCGAAGGCCAUUCCAAUGAUUCAAUAACCAUUUUGGAUGCAGAUGAGCCAAAUGAGAGUACCGUUCAAACCUCGAAUAUUAGUGUUAACGAAUCUCAAAUGAAAAACAGCAUUACAUUGGAAACGGUCUGGGAUGGCAUUUCAUCUUUGCAAUCGAGCAUUUCCAAUAUUUCCAAUUCCUUGGAUACUGUGUCGAAUCAUCUGAAUACUUUCGAUCCUCGCAUCAACGACCUGGAAACAACUCUGCAAACCAUCAAGAACAAAACUACCAAUUUCGAGAAUGUGCAGAAUGACGUGGGUGGACUGAAGGACGAAUUAGUUCGGAUAACAGGCGAAUUGGAAAAUAUUAAGGCUUCUCAGACUGCCAAGAAUGUCGACAUGGGAGAAAUUCUCUGUGAGAUCAAGGAAAGAGAGAUGAAGUCGAAAAACAUUAUCAUCUACAAUGUUCCCGAGGAUAAUCUUAGAAUAUCUCAAGAUUACUCCACUUUGCAUGAUAUUGAUCAAUUCAAUGCUUUGGUAGCUGCUAGAGACACAUCGCGAGCACGUGAAAUUCUGAAGGUCGUAUCGAAUGUUGAUUUGAGCCAAAUACAAACGAGACGCCUGGGACGUAUGAGACAAAAUUUUUGUAGACCACUUCGAGUCACUCUGUUAGAUAAGGCUGACUGUAUUACAAUUAUGAAGAGCAAGUCUUUGGUUAAUCGUCAAUAUACAAUAAAAACGGAUUUGACCAAGUUACAACAAAAAAAAAUCAAGGAUCUCAAGGAAGAACUCGAAAAAAUCAAUGUUGACAAACAAAAUCCAACAAUGACAAUUAAAUUUAUAAAUGGAGAGCCUCAGAUUAUUCCUAUAGGUCAAAACUAUUUCAAACGCGAAUAAGAAGGUAUUUUGCGUGGUUAACUUAUUGGUAAAUUAAUGUAUCUAUUAAUUAAUGUUUUUUUUUUUUCACCAUGGAGUUAUUGUAAAAAAUUUCAAACACCCAUAAAUUAUAUUAACAC